UUCAUUUUUUCCUUCUUUUUUUUUAUUUAUAUAUAUAUAAUUUUAUUUAUUUAUUUAUUUUUUUAAUAGAAAAAAAAAAAAAGUAAAUAAAACAAAGAGAGAGAAAAAAAAAAGAACAACAUUCAUUCACAUAAAACGCACCUUUUUCUUCUUCUCUACUUACCUUUUCAUUAUUACGCUUUAUCUUUUUCUUAAAAGCACAAAUAUCACCAGCAUCGUCUCUAAAAAAAAAAGAAAAAGAAAAAAAGCACAAAUAUUUUUAUUAUCAUCAUUUAUCUAUCUAUUCAAUUGAAUUGAAUUGAAUCUUCUUGUUAAAACAAACAAACAAACAAACAAACAAACAAGCAAGCAAACUAAAAUGGAAUCGUUUAUUGGUUACAUCAAAUCUCCUCAGGAUGCCCUCAUCGUAUUCGAAGCCUGUAGAAGAGGACAACUCAAUAGGGUCCAACGUCGAUUGUCAUCCAAAGAACGAGUCCAUAUCUCAUCUGGCUCAGUAUUUGCCUGGGACGAACGGGAAGCUGGCAUGCGACGCUGGACUGACGGCAGAACAUGGUCACCAAGCCGUGUUCUGGGUAGCUUUCUGACCUAUCGCGAACUAGACACCAAGCGCCGGCCUCGUCUGUCUUCAUCAUCAUCAACCUCAUCACUCCCUAUUACCAGUAAAGCAUCAGCAGCAUGCUCAUACAAGACCGACGGACUCAUCAAACAGAGCUUCUCAAUCUGCACAGCCACCAACCAAAAACUACAUCUCAUUUCGUACUACUCAAAGUCUGACAUCAUUGCCUCCCGUCUCAAGCGGCCCUCUGCCGACCCUCUCUUGAGCAAGAUCGUUAUUCCCAAGGGUCUCUAUCCAGAACUCAACCCACUCGACACCAGCGGCGGCCACUCUGCCACAAAUAUUCUAUCCUACCAAUCCAAGACAUUGCCUGGGAAAGACUGCCAUGUUCUGAAGACCGACGACAACUGAGUGCCCUACAGGGGCUCGUACGACUUUAAAAUCCUCUCUCUUCUCUUAUUAUUAUUAUUAUUAUUAUUAUUAUUAUUAUUAUUAUUAUUAUAUACACCCACCAACCCACCCAUACAUACAUACACACAUACAUACAUACAUACAUACAUACAUACAUACAUACAUAUAUAUAUAUUCACACUCUCUUUUAUUCUAUUACUCAUUAUUACUACUUACUAUAUUACUAUCAUUCCUUUCCUAUCAUUUUUUUCUCUAAAAAAGAAAACAACAAGAACUAUAUAUCUAUCUAUCUAUCAUUAAUUAUUAUUAUAACAAUGAUAAUGGUAAUAAUUAUUUAAUUAAUUAAUAAUGCUAAUACUAAUACUAAUACUAAUAAUAAUAAUAGAAAUACCAAAGAUUUUUUUUAUUUUUUAUUAUUUUCUCUCUUUUUAACGGUUAUUUUACUUUUUGUACAAAAUACAUUCAAUUCAUUACAUAUUUACAAUUACAUUUAAGCAACUCACUCAUAUAUAUAUAUAUAUAUAUAUAUAUAAUUUACAUUUUUUUUUUCUAAUAAAAUAUAAAAAUAAAAAAAUUAUAUUC